AAGCGAAACCACAUCGACUUUUUGCUCACAUCCUGUUCCCCCCAUUGAACAGGCAAAUUGAUAAUAGAAGGAUAAUCUUUCACCAACUCUGCAACGCCUGAAGGAAGUUGUGCACGAACUUCGGCGACCGCUGCAAGGCCACCAACCGGAACCCGGGAAAGAGGGUGACCUUUAGAAGACGUCGACUGGUUGUGUGCAGAGUGAAAGUUGAAACCCGUGGAUUUUUGGAUAUCGCUUGGUUGUUGUUGUGUGUCAUACCGUGGAUCAUCUUGUUGGACCAAGACCUUUGCGACGUUGGCAUCGUACUUGCCACAAACAUGGAUGCAUCACGAAAUUUCCUCCAAAGCGACAGAGCAUCGGAGCAUGAACGUGCCCUUUCGCAAUUGCAGCAGUUGGACCAAAGAAGUUCCUAUGAUAGAGACUCGUCUGAGCUUUUCAAAAGCUUGGACCAGCUGCGUCGCAUGCAAAUAGAUCUAGCUUUGGAACAUUUGGCCAUGGAAAGCGUGCCCACUGAAGAAUUGUCGUUGCCAGAUUUGGAACAGGAUAAGGAUUCUGCACAACGCUAUCAGAGGAAUGCCGACAGAUUUGCAAAAAGGGAGGCGGAUGUCAACAAUCUCAUGCUCCGGCUGGAGGAUUUGAGUCAAGCUAUGCGGGAUUUUCACGACUCUAUGGACGACGUUCGAACCAGAUCAACGAACAUUCAAAGGGAAGGGGCCUCUCCUAAUCUUCCCCCGUCAGAAAAGCGCCCAAAUCCAACAAAGCCAGUCAACGUAUCCGAGAAAUCACAGGAACCAAAAUGACUAUGGACAAAGGAGAUGUUGUCUUGGCACAGCGACCGAAAGAUUAUCGACAGCACGGAUCCCAUAUCCAGCGAUAGAAAGGCCCCGUUGGCCUUCCGCGCAGCGGCGUCAUUUUGGACUUGUUGCCCUACGCGCUCGCUUCUAGUAAUCGCCACCAUCCAAGGCCGCUGUCCAAUCGUACUUUUUCCAUUUCUCCAGAAAGUACUCCAUGCGGGGCCCGUUAUACUGCGGGUCGACUCGUCUCGGUCUUCUCCAUCGGUCAGGACUGAGAUCCAAAGGGCUCGCUAUCACUUCCUGUGAACAAACCUGUCAUUCAUUAAGGCCAAACCAAGAGGUCAAUAAAACAAUACAAACCCUGCCAAAGUAUUCACGCCACUUUUCUGAAUCUUCAAUAAUGUGGCCAUAUCCCCUAUUCGGAUCAAACCAUACAUGGAAGUAUGGAAGGUGCUUCACCAUGGAUCCUCGGAAUCCAUUUUUGGAUGUAUCGAUUAUUUUGCGAUGUUGCGACCAUUCUCCUUCGGCUUCAUUGAUUGCCUCCUAAUAUCGACUUUAGUAACGAGAAUGACAAACAUGACCAGCUAAGAAGCACGCUCAGGUCCUCACCUUAAAGUAUCCGGGUGCAUCUUCCCAUACGUCCUUAGGUAGCGGUAUGCAUUCAAUGAUGACAUGUUUAUGCCAUUUCAAGUUGAUAACCUGUUCCAUAAAAAUCACGCCUUGAUUAUUCUCAUCAAACAUCGCCGUCAAGGCUUUCUGAAAGUUCUAAAUCCCAAUCGAUUGCAUCAGAAAG